GCCUGCGUGCCGUGCGUCGCGCGGGGAGCCGGUUCCCGCCAUCCGGCGCCGCGCCCCGCAGGUACCGGGAGCCAACGCGGCCCCUCACGGCGGGGCCUCGCACCGACACACCGUGACGGGGCCGCGUCCACAGGGGCCGCCUCCCCCUUCACCGACCCCACUCAGCUUCUCCCCGCUUUACUCCCGGGAAGGCCGCGGCUCGGCGUGUCGGUGAGUGCCGGUCCGUGGCGGUCCCGCUCCACACGUGUUGUGAUCCCCGCAGGUUGUGUCGGUGAGGCCCCGCCAUGGCCCUGCUGAAAGUACACGGCCCCGUGAGGCUGUACUGCAUGCAGACCGGAGUGACCAGGUGGAAGGAGGGCUGCUUCGAGGUGGUGGAGAAGGAUAACAAAGUCAACCUGGUGGUGCACUACGGCAUGAGGGGCAUCCCAAAGACCUUCCAGUUAAGCCAUAACAUUAAGUCUGUGACCUUACGACCCAAUGGCAGAAAGCUGUGCUGCCUGAUGCUGGCGUUGAAGGAUAGCAGCUUCCUGACCAUCGAUAAGGUACCGCUUAAAGAUGCCACUGAGUUGCGGGUGUUUUUGGACGCGGUCCAUCAAGACAGGGUUCACACCGCUGGGAAACCCUCUCAGGGAUCUGGCAGCUUUGGAGGUGUGCUGGGCAGCAGGACCACACAGAAGGAAGCUAAUAGGCAAUUCUCUCAUAUAGAGAAUCAGGCUACUCCCAAAAGGGUGACUGUGGAAAGUAAGGAUGAAAAUGUAUUUCGCAAAGUACUGGGCACCCAAGCUCGGGCAUCCGUUAAGAGCUCCAAUGGAACUGGAACACCUAGCAACAGGGUGAAUGCUGCAGCAUCUCCAGCAUCAUCGGGCCCCCACAGAACAGGCUUGCUGGAGAGCCGUGAAAAGAGGAAAAGAGCACAACCUCCAAGUUCAGAGAUGAGUGAAGAUUAUCCCAAAGAGAAUGAUUCUUCAACGAAUAAUACCGCCAUGAGCGAUCCAUCAUGGAAAUACUUAAACAGUAGCAGAGAGAAACAGUUAAAACUGAAGCAAGAGGAGGAAACUAGGACGUCAGGUGUUUUACCGCUGCAGUCAUCGACCUUUUAUGGUAGUAGGUCCUCAUCAAAAGAGCACUCCACUAGCAGUUCCACCCUGGACAGGUCUAGCGUAUCCAGCCAGACUACUCCAGCCAAAAGGAGCUUGGGAUUUCUUUCUCAACCUGCCCCUCUUUCUGUUAAAAAAGUGAGAUAUAGUCAAGAUUACACUGGGUGGAACAAACCACGAGUGCCCCUUUCCACCCACCCUCAGCAGCAAUUACAGGGGUUUUCUAACUUAGGAAACACCUGCUAUAUGAAUGCCAUUCUACAGUCCUUGUUUUCAAUCCAGUCCUUUGCUAACGAUUUGCUCAGGCAGGGUAUCCCAUGGAAAAAAAUUCCGCUCAAUGCGCUUAUCAGUCGCUUUGCCCAUCUCCUAGCAAAAAAGGACGUCAGCAGCCCUGAGUUGAAGAAGGAGUUGCUCAAGAGGGUGAAAAGUGCCAUCUCAGCUACUGCAGAGAGAUUCUCUGGAUAUAUGCAGAAUGAUGCGCAUGAGUUCUUGAGCCAGUGUCUGGACCAGCUGAAAGAGGACAUGGAAAAGCUGAACAAAACUUGGAAGAGUGAACCAGUCCCUAAUGAUGAUAGCUCACCUGGACGGGCUUCUGAUGAUCUUUCAGCUACCAAAGUUUAUACUUGCCCGGUUAUCAGUAACUUAGAGUUUGAGGUUCAGCAUUCUAUCAUCUGUAAAACGUGUGGUGAAACAGUCACCAAACGGGAACGGUUUAAUGACCUCUCCAUUGACCUUCCUCGAAGAAAGAAAUUGUUUCCACCUCGGUCGAUCCAGGAUUCCCUUGACCUCUUCUUUCGGGCGGAGGAAAUAGAGUAUUCCUGUGAGAAAUGCAAUGGAAAGUCUGCUGUUGUCACACACAAAUUCAAUCGGCUUCCCAGGGUUCUGAUUCUUCAUCUGAAACGAUACAGCUUCAAUGUAGAGUUGUCUCUCAAUCAUAAAGUUGGGCAGCAGGUGGUUAUUCCAAGAUACUUAACCCUGCUUUCACACUGUACAGAAAGCACCAGGCUGCCACUGACGCUGGGCUGGAGUGCCCAUUCUGCAAUCUCCCGUCCCCUGAAAGCCUCCCAAAUGGUGAAUUCCUGUACUGUAAGCACUUCUACACCUUGUAGGAAGUAUACUUUAAAAUCAAAGAGCUCUGCAGCUCUCUAUGUGGAUUCAGACAGUGACGAUGAGCCCCUGAAACGCUCUGUUGCCAAUACCCAAAGGGUGUGCAACAUACAGUUUAGAGAUCAGCAACAGCCUCAAGAAGAGCCAGAAAAGAGUUCUAAAAGGAGUAAAAUGGAGGGCGAUAAACCUGAGCUGGGCAAUUCUAGUUUUGAUGGGAUGAGCGAUGAUGAGCUGCUCGCAGUUGUCUUAGAGAUUAGCAAAAAGGAAGCUUCUCUGUCUCUGAGCCACGAUGAGGAUAAGCCCACGAGCAGCCCAGACACCGGGUUUGGAGAUGAUGAAAUUCAGGAUUUGCCCGAAAACCUGGAAACGAUGGAGACAGAGAAACCCAAAGCACCAUUAGAAUCAGGUCCUGCCAAUUUCACUGAGAUAACUAAAGAUUUUGAUGAGAAUAAGGAAAACAAAACUCCAGGAGGCUCGCGGGGAGAGGUUGACUGGCUGCAGCAGUAUGAUAUGGAGAGAGAGAGGGAAGAGCAAGAACUUCAGCAAGCGCUGGCUCAGAGCCUUCAAGAACAAGAGGCACGAGAACAAAAAGAGGAUGAUGACCUUAAACGAGCUACGGAAUUAAGUCUACAAGAGUUUAACAGCUGUCUCCUGGACGGUGUUGGUUCUGAUGAGGACUCUGGGAAUGAGGAUGUGCUUGACAUGGAGUACUCGGAAGCUGAAGCAGAAGAGCUGAAAAGAAACGCUGAGACAGGAGAGCUGCCUCACUCCUAUCGCCUCAUCAGCAUUGUCAGCCACAUCGGAAGCACAUCAUCUUCAGGCCACUAUAUCAGCGAUGCCUAUGAUAUCAAGAAGCAGACCUGGUUCACCUACAACGACCUGGAGGUGUCUAGAACUCUAGAAACCACUGUUCAGCGUGACAGAGACCGAAGUGGCUACAUCUUCUUCUACAUGCACAAGGAUAUCUUCGACGAAUUGCUAGAAACAGAAAAAAAUGCACAGCCACUUAGCAUGGAAGUAGGCAGAUCGAUCCGGCAGCCGCUGUGAGGAGUCCAACACCUCGUACCUCUUGAGGAGCACGGAAGAUCCUGAACUUGUGCCAGACGUGAGGGAGUAACCAACAGCUCAGGGCUAAAGCAACAGACAAAUGGUAGAAAUUCGGAUGCUCGUGUUUUGCAGAACCAUCUGUGCAAGUUCUCUGGGCCCGAAAUACGCUUGUCAACCUUGACAUCCCGGAGCGAUCCUCCUGUGGUGAAGUUUUGAUUGUUCCUCAAACAGUUUUGUCAGCGUGGAGCCUUAACAAGUUGCAUCGAAGCCACAAGACUACAGCUGCUCACAGACUGAUGGGAAAGGAAAAGCUGUGCAAAAAGAGACUUCAAAAAGCCCAUUCACCGGCCAGGUGUGAUGGGGAAGAUUGACAUAUCACUCGGCUCUUUUUCGUUUGGGUUUUCUUUUUUUCCUUCUCCAAUGCCAGUUUAAGCAAUAGAUUCUGUAAGCUGGCGUGUGUUGUGUUGGGAAGCCCGGCUCACCGAGUACACUCAGCGGUCACCUCACUGCACAGUGCCUGAGCUGAUGCAUUUUGACAUUGGUGGGUUUGUAAGCUCUCUGCUGGUGACGUUGCAGUUCCAGGAAGCAAACUCUCGGUGCUGCGGAAUGUAUUGCAUACCUGGUGGCAGCUCUGUCUCUUCCUUUUAGCGGUGAGAUUAUACAUGUGAUUUCUUUGACGAGUAUUAUCGAUAGCGUUUUCUUCACUACAUUGUUGUGUAAGUUUGGAGAAGAGAGGUGUGCAGUGUUCCUUGCUGAAGUUUGCGUUGCUUAGGGCUUGCUUUGAUGUAACUGACCCAAGCUGCUGGUGUAGGUGACACCUGGAGCGGGUGGAAAAGAGAAGCUGAACUACGGCAGCUUUUUCAUCUUGCCUCGUUCUGUGCAGCCAUGAGUCAUAGUGAAACGGCAAUGAUGGGAAGAAGGCAGGGCCUGCAGCUCCUUGCUUGCCCCUCUUUGCUUGAACCAUGGUCUUUCUUUGGUCUUCCCCCAUCCCAGGUGCAGAAGGAGGGAUUUCACUGCAGCUCCUGUGGCUGCUCUUACUGAGCAGUGCAGGGUGCUCCAGCUGCGUGACUAAAGCAGGUGGAAAUCUUGUGUUCAGUGCUAACAGAGCAGGUAAUGGAGCGUGCUCCAAAAUACUCAUUUAACGGCUUGUUUCAGCAGGGAGAAAAAAGAAAACACGCCUAUUGACUUAAUUUCUUUAGCACCUUCGCACUUGUUUAGCAUUGGCAGAUGUUUUGCUGGCAUUUCCUUACUUCAGAGAAACUGUUGCUAUUAAGCAGAGUAGUUGCUCUUUUUGGCCUCUAGUUCUGGUUUUUGCAGCUUGAGUUUUAGAGGCGAAAGGCUUCCUUGUUUAAAAAGAAUAACACACAAAACACCCUCUUUUUUCUUUGCUGUCGAGGUAGUUUCUGGGUUAUUUUUUUUAAAACUUCUCAUUAGGAGUUUCUCAGGAAUAAAUCAGCUGAAGCAAAGCAGGAAGAACCAUCUGUGCAGAACGGAGUGGGCACUUCAGUACCAGGGCUCGUCCCAAUGGGCUGUUACAGGGCAAUGCUUCAGUGGCCUCUCCUCACCUCAUGUGCAGCAAUGAGGGGCAGCAGUGACAGCCCUUCUGGGCCCUCCUGGUCCCUUUUAGGUGAGCACGUUGGGCACAGCCAGGGUGACAUCUUUGUGGUUCCUAAGGGAGGGGUGAAUGGUUGUAACCAGAACCUUGUGAGCUGCAGCCGAAGCGGUGUAUAUGUUAAUUUAUUACAAAGCAUUAUACUUUUCUAUUGUCGGUCCUUGGGGAGGUGAUGAACUGCUCCAUCCGAGGGGCAGAUGUUUUCCCCUAUUGCAUCCAAUGCUAGUGCUGUACAUAACUAAUGGUGUUCCUGCAGGAUCAGCAGUCAGCUCUCCUUUCUCAGGACGGUUUUGAAGGCACUGUGCUCUGUUUUAAUUUCUAAUAAAAGCCAAUAUUGCCCAAAUUCCCAGUGCUCUAACUUUUGUUUCAAACCUGUUUUUUGCUUGGAAUGAGGUGAGAAAGCUGAUGCUUGAACCCAGCAGUCCACGUUCCGUGAAAACAAAGUUCUUGUUUAUUAUUGUAGCCCGGAAAGAAUUUGCAAACAUCUGUGAAUUACUUCAAGCUUUUUUUUGGCCCUUGGUGGCAUGUCACCCUGGCAGCAGGGGCUGCAGAGCCUCUUUCUUGCUGGGGAUGGGGGUUGUCCAUGGGGGUGAGUGACCCUCUGUACUCAGCCCUUCCUGGCACAGCAGAACACUCAGCUUCUCCCUCAGCUUCUCCCCGUCCUGGCUUGUGUUUUGGUAGGGACUCUCAGUGACAGUCCCCUAAUGCAUGCAGGCUUCUGGCACAGGCUGCUCCAGAGAGGAAAUAACUUUAGAGCCCUGCAAAUGCUCCCAGCCCUUAGCACAACAGCAGCUGGUUGUGCAGGCACUUGGCUGCCAGAGCGCAGGGUUCUUUGGUGCAGAGUGGGGAUGGAUCAGGACUGACUGUGUGCAGUAGUGACGAGUCUGACAUGUUACAAACCCUUCUUAGGCUUUUCCUCAGCUCUGCGGAGUUGUGGUUAAACAUUGACCCACUCCUGAAUCAGCUUAGCGUAGUCCAAGUGUGAUUCAGCACACAAACCCAAGGAGCUGCCAUCUUGCCUUUCCUCUCUCCCUGCAUUGUAUGGCUGCGAUGAUUUGAUCCAAGUUUGCUCCUCUGACUCUGAUAGAUGUGAGAACGCUCGUGUCAAUGGACCGGAGCCUGUGCAGAGCAAGGACUGACUGCAGCUGCUUCACGAGGAGCAGGGCUCUGAAGCUUGUGGCUGCGCCAUCACCUUUCACUUCUGCUCAGCACUGAUGAUAAAUGCCUGCUCACCUUCCCUCCCAUCCUCUGCAGCACGGUGACUGGGGUAUGAAUCCAGCAUGCUGCAUGGAGCAGUCCAGCAUUGCUGCAGUUCACCCUGGCACCAGGCAUGUGGGGAUUUGUGUUCUUCAGUGAUGGAAGAACUCAACUGUUCUGUUUUCUUUUCAUGGAGCUAACUCUCCCUGUAACCGCCUGCCAAAGAGAGCUAAAGGAAUAUGGGACCUCAGCCCUGCUGGGUGUUACUGGGGUGCCCAGGGAUGUGCAGCUGAGGACAUGCUGCAAAGCCACCCCAUGCUGGGGUUGGUGUCUGCCUGCUGCAGCCCGACUUCUGAUCCUUUACACUGUUGAUGUGGAGCAGCACUUUUCUCUGUGUUUUAGCAGACCUGUUCCUCUCAUUCUUUACAGAUUUUGCUCUUGUUCCUCUCCCCCUGCUGUUUAAACAAUGUGUAGAUAGUUGGUUUUUGGUUUUCUUUUGUGCAAUUAAAACCUUUAUUAGCCCUC